AUGAAUUCUUCUCAGGUUUCAUACAAUGGCACACCAGAUAAUAGCUUUUACAUCGUGGCAUUCCAGACUUUGGAGAGCAAGAACUACCUGAUGCUGGGUUUGUCCUUCAUUUAUAUCAUUACACUUAUGGGUAACUUUAUUUUGUUGACAACUGUCUUCAUGAACCCAAGCUUACACAGUCCAAAAUACAUAGCUGUGUGUAACCUGGCCAUGGUAGACAUCUCCAUUAACAGUGUUAUAAUUCCUCAGAUGGUGCCUGUCUUUGUGUUCAACCUGAGUCGAGUCCCGUUUGAGAUGUGCUUUUCUCAGAUGUUUUUCCUUCACUUUUUUGGUGACUUAGAAUCCUUUUCUCUUGCCAUCUUGGCAUACGACCGACUCAUUGCCAUCUGUCUCCCUCUUCGGUACCCAUCCAUAAACACGAACCAGGGCAUGUGUUUCAUUGUGGCUGCUGUGUGGCUUCUGGUUUUCUUCUUGGAUGCCUACCCAGUAGGCCUGGCUUCCAAGCUACCCUACUGUGGCUCCAGGGUGGUUCGCAGCUGCUGCUGUGAGCAUGGGCCAGUGUACAUCCUGGCUUGCACCGACAUCUCUUUCAACAGGAGGCUGGCACUAACCAAGACCAUGAUCGUCCUCCUCACCCCACUCAUCUUCAUCAUUUUCUCCUACAUUGUGGUGGUUGCCACAGUACUGAAGAUUGCCUCAGCAGAAAAGAGUAGGAAGGCCUUCCACACCUGCUUCACUCACCUACUUCUGGUUCUCACAUACUACUUGCCUGUGAUAUUGGCCUACCUGUUGGGGAGCCAGCACCUGGCAUUGUCCCCAGACCAGCUGAUAGCUGUUCUAACUGUGUCUGUCACCAUGCCUCCUAUGCUGAACCCUAUAAUAUACAGCCUUAAGACAGAAGAAGUGAGAGUAAGAAUAAUGAAGGGACUUGGCUUGCAGAAGAUUCACCCUGAAUUACGCAGCAAGCGGUCCACAGUAGAAUGA